UGUUUAUUUUCCAGGUGAACGGAGCGUGGACCCUGCCCGGAUUCGUCUGCGACUUUUACAUCGCCAUGGACGUCACCUGCAGCACCAGUUCCAUUUUCAACCUCGUAGCAAUCUCGAUAGACAGAUACAUAGCGGUGACCCAGCCGAUAAAAUACGCGAAGCACAAGAACAAUAGAAGAGUGUGGUUGACGAUACUGUUGGUUUGGGCGAUAUCUGCCGCGAUCGGCAGCCCGAUUGUUCUUGGUUUGAAUAACACACCCGACCGGCUACCGGACCAAUGCCUCUUCUACAACGCGGACUUCAUCAUCUACUCGAGCCUAUCUAGUUUCUACAUACCCUGCAUCAUCAUGGUGUUUCUCUACUAUAACAUAUUCAAGGCUCUGCGGAACAGGGCGAAGAAAGCCAGGGCCAACCGGAAGCCGAACAUGGGCGACAUUAAACCCGGCAGUAUAAUCGAGAACAUCGCGCAUACACGCAGGUUCGCGGAGACCGCGCUGGGGGCGGCUGCGCUGGUGGCACCCGGUAUGGAGGAGCCGACGAACACCGCCUCGGGGAGCAACGAGGACGAGGACGAGACGCCGCUCGACCCGGUCGUCGUCAUCUCGAACGACAAGAGCACCGAGUUCUUUCUGGCCACGGUCGUCGAGGAAGCAGCAUGUCGUUUCAGUGCAGUGGCGCAAGCCCAGCUCGGCGGGACGCAGAACGCUCGCAAGGACUCGGGUUACGACGGGGCCGCGAGCAGCAUGGUGAUCAACGAGCCGCUAGAAACGAACUCGAGCCCGAGCCCGAAUCCACGCGGCACCUCGGCCCCGUCCUCCUCGACCUCCUCGUCCCCGCCCCCGAAAGCGCCGACCGCAAGCUCCAGCUCGCAGUCGAAGAAAAACGGCACCGACCCCAACAAACAGGAAUUAAAGAGGCUCAAGAGCGCCGGCUCGCUGCUGCCUCUUCAGCUUGGACGGACGCCAAGCGUCUUGUCCGGCUCGUCCACCUGUAAAAAGGACAAGAAGGAUACCGCCGCCGGCUGCAGGUUCACGAUAUACAAGGCUAAUAAGGCGAGCAAGAAGAAGCGGGAGAAAAGCUCCGCGAAGAAGGAGCGCAAGGCGACCAAGACGCUGGCCAUUGUUCUGGGCGUCUUCCUAAUCUGUUGGCUGCCGUUCUUCACCUGCAACAUCAUGGACGCGAUAUGUACGAAGCUCGGGGCGACAUGUCAGCCGGGUGUCACGGCAUUCAUCGUGACCUCCUGGCUGGGGUACAUGAACAGCUUCGUAAAUCCUGUAAUCUACACUGUGUUCAAUCCUGAAUUUCGCAAAGCCUUCCACAAGCUCCUCAGCUUUUAAACGAGCGACGCCAUCUACGGCCACAUUCGUCUUGGGGGUUAGGAGGAACAACGAGGCAUUGGACAAUCGAGCAGCUCAACAAUUGUUCCGGCAGAAGAAAUCCAGACCAACAAACAG